UGCAAAACAAUGUUAGUUAGAGACUCUGUGUCCAAAACAUAGGUAGUGUGCGCACAGUGCGAGCAAGUAAUAGUAAGAGAAGUGCAUUCGAUUUAGGGAAUUUGUGCGAUCCGUCGGGAAAAACUAAAAAAAAGGUACUUCAGACAACGAAAACGCGUGCAGAAAACAAAGGAAUUAUCGGGGAAAACGGAAGACUGUUUCCAUUUCCUCUUCUUUUUCAUCGAUUAAAUGUGCGACUCUAUUUGGAAAACUGGACCAAGCCGACGCUCGAAACACUGUUGAGGCGGAAGGUUAUGGGCCUUACAAGCCGGUGCCUCCUCCGAAGCCUUUGCCUCAGCACCAACUGCAACAACAGCAGCUACAACAACCUUCAGGUUCUUCAGGGAGAAUAACUCCACCUCCAUACAGGAUGCCUCCAUAUCCGCUCUACAACGAACCGAGCAUUCCGGGGGCGGCGGGACACGAAGUUCCUAUAGUCACUUCCAGCCCAUCCAACCCUCAGAAUCUGCAAACUCAUUCCAGCAAAUUUCCCAUCGAGCGAGAGGUGAUUUUAUCCAGUUCGGAUAAGAACUCGAAGAUUCCGAUCCUGAAUGACUACAUGAAGAGGUCAAAAGGAGCGAUCGCACCGGACGUCCCGCCCAAGCAAAUGUCCGCUUGGACUCAAGGCCAGAACCAUCAUCAUCAUCAGCAGCAACAGAACCAGCAAAUAUUAACUCCAGAUCAGAACCAUGUGGAGAACAACGCUUCAUCGAUGUACAGGGUGAGCUACCACCAGGACUACUACAACUCGCAGACGGGCCUCUCCACCGGAGCCGUACCUAGGCAGUCAACUUGGCAGGGCGAGCUUGCGAAGACGCCUCAAAAGCAGCAACAACCACAGCAAUACCAGAAAGUCGAGGAUUAUACACAGGCGCCGCUGCAGACGCCCGGCGUCCCUACCGAGAAGGAACCGAAGAACAAGACCAUCACCAAGACGUACCACUCAAUCAAGGACAUUAUCUCGAGUAAGUUCAAGAGCAGCAAAGAUGAAGAUAAGCCGGAGGAGUCGGGUCUAAACAAUGCGGCUCGCAGCGUCGAGGAUGGUGUUGGUGGUGAUGACCGUAUUAUCGUGAAGAAGUCGAUUGGGGAGCAAGGAAUCUACGGGAAGCCGCGCGUCGACAUUCAGCACCAGUACAAUCAGCACGUGGUGCAGCAGCAGAUCUUAGCGGCGCAACAGUAUCAGGGCUUUAAGAAUCAGCAGAUGAUGCAGUCCAGAUCGCAGGAGAUGCUCGUUGCACCGCGCCCAGAAGACUACUACCAUCAGACAUACGCGUCUUCUCCGCAAAGGCUUCAACCUUCGCAAAGACCUUCGUACAUGGUGAUGCAGUCGCCCACGAAGGAUAUGAACGAAGGGCGAUCGCUGGAGGAUCGCAGAGCCGUCGGAGAGCAACGAAGCGCACAACAGCUAGAACGCGACAGCCUCCGGCAGAAAACCUUUGAAGCGCGUCGUGCGGCGUCGCAGCCGCAGCUCAGCUACGAGGAUGAGAUCAAGAACGACAUCCCCGAUAACAGACCGCAACCUCAGGCGAUCCGUCGGGGCUCCCAAGGAAAUCUUAUGGAAGUAAUAGUGAAGACCAGUCACCUAGAGGAGAAGGACAGUGAUGAUGGGGGAUUUCUACAACGCGACACCCAACAAACGGACGACACUUUCAACAAGGACGAAUCCAAGGUAAACGUGGCGCUUCAAGGAGCGCCUCGGAAGCAACUGGAGGGUGAGAUCGGUAAGAUCGAAGGCGUCUACAACAUCGGGCAGAGGAGCAAAGGCGAUGGGGAGGAGUUGAGGAAUUCGCGUAAGACUGGUUCCGCGGCCAGCUCCGAUUACGACAAGGAACGUCAAUCGUCGUCGAAUGCUGAUUCCGGCCGUGGAAGCGCCGCCUACAGCAGCGGCCGAAGACCUGGAGGUAUCGAUACCAGCAACGAGUCCGAUAAUCAUCAUCAUCAACUUCAUCUGGCCGGUAACUACAGGGACCUGAAGACUGCUGCAGCGGCAGGACGUGAACCCGAAUGGGUCGAUAUCGUAGAAACAGAAUUGAGACACAUUCUCGAGCCCAAACUUCACGAACUCUCACUGCAAACGACGAACGCCACAAACAUCGCCAACUCGACGCUCAGCGAAAGCAUAUCCUCAAUGACACCGCCUUUGCCUCCGUUAUCACCUGGGGAGCAAUCGUCGCCGAACAUUACGCCCAGAAACUCAACCAGAUACAAACAUAGCAGUUUACCAUACGGAAGCAAACCCGACUACGAUAACUACAAGAGCAAAGGACAUCCAGGGACAAUGGCAAACAGAUGGCAUUCGGCCAACACAAAGCAUCGGAGCAACAAGAAAAUCGAUCACAACUCAAUUCUGAGGAGCAAACAAAUUUUCGGUUUGGACACGGCCGAUAUGACGUCAACUACGACGAGAUCGAUUGACCUCGAAUCUAUGCUCGAUGGUCAGAGCGACUCUGACGGAGAUAUCAGCACGACGGAUGCUCGGACCAUCAGGAAACAGCUCGAGGGAUUGGAAAGCAUGUAUUCCGAGGUGUUGAAGCUUCUGGGCGUCAAGAAGCACGCGAGUCGUUAUCAACCAUCGGAUCCUCGCUUCAGCAAGCGCCGAUACGGCAGUAUGUCUUCGCUUCCGUCAAGUUCGGUGAGCAGCAGGCCGAUCAGAGACAAGAGAAGGGCGCACGAGGAUAGGAAAAAGGUGCGAGACAUGCGCGGCAUCAACAAGCGUUUCCAGAGGCUAGAAUCCCAUGUGGUCACGUUAGCCCGGUCCGUGGCGCAUCUCUCUUCAGAAAUGAGGACGCAACAUCUGAUGAUCCAGGAGAUGGAGAAUAUCCGUGGCGAAAUAUCUGCUCUUCGGACUCAAACAAAUAUGCUGAACGUUCGUUCGCAAUCGGCUGCGAGACCGACGAACACGUCCAAGGAUUUACCUAAUUUGGCCAACCCCACGCGCGUCAAGAAGCUCACCAAGUUUUUUGGAGAUGAGCCGCCAUUGCUGAGAUUAUUCUUAAGGAAGUUAGGAUACGAAAAAUAUGCGAAUGUCUUCGAGAACGAGCGGAUAGGAAUGGUGGAGCUGCCGUACCUAAGCGAGGAGCGGCUCCAGAAGAUGGGCGUUCCGCUGGGUCCACGUCUGAGGAUCAUGGAGGAGGCCCAGAUCUCCGUCUGCAAAGACACGACACUCUGCAUUGUCUAGCUUUUUGUUUUUUUUUAAUGUUCUCAAAUUAACAGCGAAAAUUCUGCAAAAAAAACAUUCCUAUCCAGUAGACUGAAACAAUCUAAAAUUCAUUAUAAACAAAAGAUGAAUUAAUUAAAAUGGCGGCUCGCGUCUCAAAUCCCAAUCAUUGUAAAUACCAUUUCAUUUCGUAACUUUUCGUUUUAUAAAGUAGAUGGCACUGCUUCACCAUUUUUAAAACACCCAAUCACGCACAAACACAUACAAAAAACACUCAAAACAAUAAUAUGUAAAUGCAUAUGUUGUAACAUAUUAU